AUGUCGAGCCCGACCAGAGAGUCGCUCCCGCCGGCUUUUGCGCCGAGUCUCGCAACCGAACUACACCCUCCGCCAUCGCCACGCACUCAUCGCCAACUGCGGAAACUUCAGUCGGCGCACAAUUUAGGUGCUGCUGCGCGAUUGUCCUCGAGCCUAUCCUCCAGCACGUCCUCCGCGAGUCUGAUCAGCCUGCAGAGGUUUAAAGAGCUACAGAACCGCGAUGCCAGCCCUACGAGGCGGGUCGUUAGCAACCGCUCGCCCGGGAGGCAUCGCUCCAACAGCGAUCUGACCUCACCGGCGAGCCUGCUCAAUGCUGGCGCCAUGGCCGUCCGGCAGCGGUUCGCAAUGAGUAAGACCUCUGCUGCUGCCGACGCUGUGUCGCUGGAGCGCCUUCUCCGUGACGGUCCACCCGAUAGCGACGUUGCCUCCGCACUGGAGAGCGCCAGACUCAAAGUGUUGGAUCAAGGCAUUAAGAGUGACAACGAUGGCAUGUCGUCGGUUCGCAUAUACGUCUGGCUCAUCUUCCUCAACGCCCCCGUUGUCGAGACCGACAUGUAUCUCGCCCUUGUCCACCGAGGCGCCUCGCCCGCCUACGCAAAGAUCCGAAACGAUACCUUUCGGACACUGACGACAGAUCCUCUAUUCCGCCGCCGUGUGAGUGAGGCAAGUCUGAUCCGCCUACUUAAUGCUGUCGCCUGGAAACUACAUGAUGUGAAAGAGGUGAGACGUCCUCGCAGUGGGCGACAGUCCCUGCCGUGCACAGAUAGCAGUGGAUCAAGACCUUCGACGUCUCAUACGGCGACGUCUUCUCCGGCUGCAAAGAAUAGAGCUCGGGCUCUGACUUUGACAACCGAAGGGGACUCCGAGGUGAAUGCCGUAGAGUCAGGCACAUAUGUACAGGGCAUGAACGUGCUGGCGGCGCCAUUCUUGUAUGCCGCUCGCAGCGAAGUAGAAGCUUUCAGUGCAUUUUAUCGUCUGUUGACCAAGGAGGUACCGGGCUAUAUUCGGGGAGCCAUGACUGGCGUUCACCACGGGUUGGAACUAGUGGACAAGGUGCUCGCCAUUGUCGACGUGAGACUUCACUUACACUUGGUCAACAAGGGCCUAUCCGCCAAGAUUUACGCUUUUCCUUCGGUCUUGACUCUUUGCGCUUGUACGCCGCCUUUACCAGAGGUCUUGCGACUAUGGGAUUUUCUAUUCGCUUACGGGCCGCACCUCAACAUUGUGUGCAUUGUUGCGCAGCUGGUCAUGAUGCGCCAUGAUCUGCUCAACUCGUCAAACCCAAACAAAUUGCUGCGAUCGUUUCCGGCUCUGGUGGCUGAAGACAUCAAGAAAACUGCUCUUGCUCUUGUCAACCGCCUUCCAGACGACGUUUAUGACGAGAUUGUGAAACAUGCACAGUGA